AUGCCACGUUUGGGUUUGCGAUUUACUGAAAAAAGAAAUGGACAAAAUACAAAUGAUCGUAAAAAGGGAGUAAAAUUUCCAGACAGAUUGACGCAAGCUUGGAAGGCAUUACGACCAAACGUCUUUUCUCACGCAACUCAUUCAUCAUCAACGAGUAAAAAUAAGAGCUCAAAUUACGUUGUUAAAGCGGAUGAUUUAAUUUAUAUUCCUACUUUGGAGCAAUAUCACAGCAGAAAAGUUCAGCAGGAGAACUUGAGAAAACUAUCAAAAUCAUUCAUUAUGAAACAUAAAAUGGAUGGCAAAAGGAAAAAGUCCGCAUUUGGAAUUAUAAAUGAAAACAAUGCAAAAACAGAUGCGGUUGGAAAAAGCUAUGUGAAGGGUGUAAAAGAACAUACUGCCAGUGUACCGGAGCCAGAUGUUCUUCCCAAAAAGAAAUAUGGGGAUUGCCAUAAAGCACCACCCUGUGACGCAUAUCCUUUCCAACAUAAUAUAGAAUCCAUGAAUACACUUGAAGAAGUAAAAAAGCUCUACAGAAGUGUGCCAAAUUUAAAUUUGAGUAUAGCUUGGGAACAAAAUUUGAAAAGGCCUAACAGUAUACUUUGUUAUCGAAAUGAUAUACGCAGGAAUGACCAGUUCUGUGAAUCCUCCAGAGAUGCUCUCUCUAGUAGUACUCCACAUUUACUCUUAAAUGCGUCCCCAACCGAUAGCGGAUAUCGUUCUGCACCGCGGAUUUCACCUUCAUCACCGCAUACUUUAUUAAAUCACCAAAGAAGCGAAUAUUCUGCAUAUCAGUCAGCAACAUAUCGUCGUCGUUGCCGGCAUUCACUUGAACGAACACGUGGAUCAGUAGUAAAUGGUAAAUCACCAGAACCAUCAUUUGGUUCACACAUCACUCAUUAUGACGCAAGCAAUUCAAUUUUUACGCAAACUUCAAAUGUCGAAUAUGGAUCAGAAAAACCUGCUUUCAUAGCACCAAAUGGAGGAGAAAGCAAUCAAAAGUCAAAAUCAUCCGCUAAAACAAGGCAGAUUCGAAUCAGAAUAAAUGUUGAAGUAAGGGAAAGCAGGCACCAAGUCUUAAGGAAGAAAUUUCACUUAAGUGAUGUAGAAAUAAUGGAAGUGAUAAAACGUGGAAGAUGCAAAGAGUAUGGUGACAUUGUUGAUGAUCAAGCAGUAACAAAGUUAAAAAGAUGCUUGGAAAAUACUAUAUACUUGAUGGCUGAUGAGAUUCAACGUCUCUCUCAGCAAUUCAUUAAGUGCCGUAUUAUCGACGUCAAAACUGCUGUAAAGGUAAUGUUUCGCACUUCAGUAGCUGAAUGCUGUAUUAAAGCUGGCAUGCAGGCCAUUUCAAUUUAUGCGCUCGGGGGAUCGGAUGCAUUUAAAAUGAGUUUGCAACGUCGAGCCUGCUUAUCCUUCAAUGUUGGACAUUUGUACAAAUGGAUGAUCGAAAAUCGAAUCAGCGAGAUUAUCUUAGAUGAAAUUGUUAUAUUUUUUUGCGCUGUACUGGAAUGUCUUUUGGAAGAAAUCAUUCUUGCCUGCGUCACAUUUAAAUUAAACGAUGGCAAUUUAACGAGCCAAACUCUAAAUAAAAUAUUAGAUGGCCAAGAAAACGCUAGGAAACUUUUCGAACAAACUGAAAAACGAAUGGUGCUCGAUGGUGACAUCAUUUAUUUCUAUUUUUUAUGUGUAAAAAGCACAGAUUUCAGAAGUCCAAAGGAAUUCGCCCAUUCAUGCAUUAGUGAAGAAUGUGAACUGCUCAGUUUUCUUGAAAUGAGGCAAAUUCUCACUGAUAACAACUCUGAAGAUUGUGAGUCGAAUUUAAAAAACUGUGCAUUAGCUUUUACUCGAAAUGGAGCAAAAGCAUUGUUUUACUAUUUAAACAGUUCAAAACAUUUAUCCAGUGGUGUUCAUAAUUGUUCACCAGAGGAAAAACUUGGUGAAUGGAUCAGAAUAUCAGAAGCGUACGCAAUUCAUCAUUCAGCUACUGCUGUCGACGAGGAUGAUGUUAGACAGGCAGCUAGAGUUUUGCUCAAUCUAGACUGUCCUCCACGAUUUAUUGACUUAAGCAUCAAUAAAACUUUAUCGAAAACAUCAGUUAACAAUACAGAAACUUUACUGAGACAGGGAAUUGCUUUGCAGUUGCUAAAGUCCGAUUCUGAGGAAGUUGUUAAAAUGACAUUAAAUCAUCUUGGACCUGAUGAACUACAUUAUCAUAAUGCAUACGGUUUAACGCCACUCUCAGAAGCAAUUCUCAUCGGAAACAAUCGAGCAGCGGAUGCAUUGAUAUCACUUGUACCAACAUUGUGUAAUUCUGUGCCAAAUGAACAAAUUAUCGAAAAUUGCAAUGACUCACUGAUAGAUUUCAUUGGGUGGACAUCUCUAACAUGGGCUAUUGCACGGAAAAAUCAGGCUUUGACUGUACGGCUUAUUGAUGCAUCGAUACAAGUUGAAAGCAAUACAGUGAUCAAAGAAACACCAUUACAGAUAGCUACAAUAUUAGGUCAGGAAGAUAUUGUGAAGAAGUUAAUAAAUUCUGAAGCAAAUCCAUUCCGAACAACAAUGAGCUACGAUUUUCUAAGAUCUAAUUUUCGUCACGUAGGAUCUCCAUCAGCUAUUGCAUUAGCUGCGAUAUACAAUCACAGGCAAAUCUUAAAAAUGAUACUAUCGUCAGGUGAUUCUUUGACAGAAACAAACGACAAGCUUUUGGAAGAAACCCUGAGCUUAAAGGAUUUUCUUGAUCGAAGUGAAGGAACGAAUGUGGAUAAAAUUUGCGUCACCUCCCAGAGUGAAGAACAACAAGAGGCAUUUCUUGAGGCAAUGUAUUAUGCGGCUGAAAUGUGGAAUAUUGAUAUCGCUAUGGAUCUACGCAAAAUUGGUGUAGCGUGGAAUCUGCAUACAUGGAUAACGUGUUUUGAAGCUGUUUGUGCUCAGAACUAUCGUGAUUAUGAGCUUUCAUUGCUUGAUGACUUUAAUUCUCGUUUAGCAGAUGAACUAACGUCCGAGAAUUUUUUUGGACUUGCAACUUUGUUGUUUAAAAUUGUGCGUAGAGAAUGUCCAAAUGCAACUGAUAUAUUGCAAAGAACAGCGACAAUAAUAAGUUUUCUAUACCAGCGCAUGCAUGUUGUUCAGAACAAAACAUUAUUAAAGUCAGAAAAUUAUGAAAGCCACCAACAAAAUCGCAAAUCAGUGAUUGAUUUGAGAUUUGUAAACAAUCCUGAUCUCGCUGAUAUUACUUUUCUGGUUGAAAAAAAAGUUUUCUACGGCCAUCGCAUUGUUUUGAUGAAUACAUCUGAUGUCAUCCGGAGACUUUUAUUUGAUAAGAACAAUCAAAUAUGCCUGGAAAACAUCUCUUUUCAGACCUUUAAUCUUCUGAUGAUUUACCUUUAUUCUGGUGGGCAAUAUGGAAUAAUCAGUAACCAACCAUUGACGCAACAACUAGAAUUAAUUAAAGCUGCUCUUCGUUUCAACCUCAGUUCUUUGAAAAACGAAGCGAUCAGAAGUAUCAAGAUACUUAUGUGUAGAGAGACUGUUACUGAGGCAUUCUCAUUUGCUGUGGUUUGA